ACAUAGUGUCCACAUGUUUAUGUGUAUUUUUUAAUUUAGUUUCUCUAUUACAGACAUUGGAGAAUAUUAGGAAAGCUAUUGGCGAGUCUCCAGUCUGGCUAUCUGUUGAUGAAACCACUGAUUCUUGUGGUCGGUAUACGGUAUACGUCAUAGUUUGAAAACUCUCUGCCAACGAGGCUGGUCGAGGACACCUAUACUGUGCAAAGCAGUGGAACGAAUGACACACAUCAUGAUUGUAUGCACAGUGCAGGAAGCAUUGUGCGUGCUAUGGAGAAGUAAAGAUGAGAAACGUGGGGAGAAAAAGGUUUUGGUCAUUGUGACGGAUAGUGCCGCAUAUAUGCUGAAGGGCGCAAAGUGUUUCCGGGUGUUUUACCCUAAAAUUAUUCACCUCUCGUGUCUGUCUCAUGGCAACCAUCGAGUCGCUGAAGAGGUCAGAGCCACAUUGUCAGAGGUCAACAGCCUUAUAUCCUCGGCAAAGGUUUUCAUCAAGGCACCAAGCCUAGUGAGAGCUUUCCAGACUGCUCACCCAGACUGUCCUCUGCCACCUGAACCAGUCUUGACAAGGUGGGGAACGUGGUUUUCAGUUGCAAACUAUUAUGCAGACAACCACAGAAAAGUUGCCGAGGUAUUGAUGCCUAUGUAGUUCUGGAUAAAUUGAAUAAGCAAAGAAAACAAACAGAACACAGAAUUCCAAUAUUAAGUUUAUGUGUCUGUGCAGCAGUUUUCAGCUUGUAACAGACAUUCACAAGAUUAUAAUUUCCUUGUUCCACUUCCUAAAGGGCUUUGAAGACAACGAAAAUUUAGCCAUACCAAAAGCCAAGGACGCCCUGAAGAAUUCCAGCAUGUUACACAGCCUAUCUUUCGUCCGAGUGCACUUGGGUGGCCUUCCAGACCUAAUUGAGAAACCCGAGACUCAUAGCAUGGAAGUUACAAAGGUAAUGGCUCUCGUCGAAGGACUCAGGACACAAAGAAAGAGUUGGCCAGUUCCGCUCAGUGAGAGACUUACAAGAAAAUUGGAUGCAGUUCUUCAUAGAAACCC